UCGAUUAAAAUGUUAGCGAAUAUUGUAAUGAUAAUGAUUUUUUUAAGUAUGAUUUCAAUAAAUAUUUUUUCCCCGAUGUGAUGUGAUAGUAAUUUACAACAAUAGUUAUAAAGUUGUAAUGCUCAUAGUGUUGAUUAUUUAAAUUAUUAUUUACCAUUUUAUUAUUAUAUCAUUAUGGUUUCUAAACCAAAAUAUACGGUACCACUGUUUUUUGUUGAUUUAAUUUGCAACCGUCACCCGUGCAAUGAUACGAAUCAUCGCGUGCUCGUGUCUGUUAUUGCAGUAUGGAAAGACGCCUCUUGAUUUCUAUGAUGAUAACGAAUGUAAAAGAUACGAAGAAUCCACAAGAAGAGAGAAAAAGACAAAAUUAAAAAAUUUACUUGAAGAACUAUCAAUUCCGUCAGAGAUUUUAGGCAGGGGUCCCGAUGCCGUCAAAGCAUUCAAAGAUGCACUUAAAAACGGUGAAAUAACAGUUGUUAAUUCAAGACUGAUGUUCCUAGGUAACGAGGGUUCUGGAAAAACAUCUUGUGUCAAAGCCAUGCUUGGGAAACAAUUUGAUAAGCAUGAGCCUUCUACUGCUGGUAUUGUUACAACUACUGUCUUUCAACGUUUAGGCAAAGAUUACAUCAAAUGGGAGGAACAGAAGGAUGUGGAUGUUUGUGACCUAACCAAGCAAAUACUUGAAUAUGGUAUCGCAGCAGAUGUUGCAAAGAGGUUGGAACAGACAAAAAGUGAACAAAACACAUCUAGAUUUGCAUCUGAUGCAGAAAGACCGUCAUCCAGUUCUGUUGCGUCUACAUCUGCUGUGAUGGAAUUAACAGAAACGGUUGAGCCUCAGACUUCGCAAAGGAAAAGAAGAGAAAAACCUGUAUAUCAGGAUACGGGAGUUUCCAAUCAGCUUAUGACAUAUGAAAUACGCAAGAAGAUUGUUGACAAUCUUGCUAACAAGAGUUCUCCACCGAUUGAGAUAACUUCCAUAUGGGACUAUGCCGGUCAGAUGACUUACUACAUCACUCACCGGGUUUUCCUCACAGAUGGGUCAUCUUACGGAGUUGUAUUUAAUUUGUUAGAUGAUUUGGAUGCAUUUGCAGAACCAAGAGAUAUUUAUAAAGGACACUUUGAGAUGACUAAUCUCCAAAUGAUCAUAUUCUGGAUAAGGUCGAUUUACGAACAUACUGUACUGCUACAUCGUACAGGCAAAAAACCAUUGAUUAAUGGAAAGAUAGCAUCACCCCCAAUUAGUCUGAUUGGGACGCAUAAAGACUGCCUAACAGGAAGUGAUGCUGAGAAGCAGGCAUUGGUUAAAGCCAAAUUCAGAAAAAUAUUUAAGGAAAUCGAAGACACACCAUACGAGAGUCAUGUUGACCGCCAUAUGUAUGCAGUAGCUAACAAUGCAAUAAUGGAUGAAGGAAUUGAACGAUUGAAAACCAAUGUUGGCGGUUACAUGAAGGCAAUGGCAAGAACUGUUCCCAUCAGUUGGGUUGACUUCCAAACUAAGGUCCAAGAAGCUGGGAAGACAACAAUGUGCAUGUCCUUGAAUAAGAUCACAAAGAUUGCUGCUGAUUGUGGUAUUAACGAAAAAAACGUCAUCCACGUCCUGAAUUACUUAACUGAUCUUGGAGUCAUUCUUUAUUAUUCCACUAACAAGAAGUUGAAAGACACAGUGAUUACCAACAUUCAUAUGCUUAUUCACAUCUUCAUGAAAAUUAUUACAGUUGAGGAACAUGAAGAGGUUCCAGUGAUGGUAAAGUAUUGGCGUAAGUUAGAUAAAGAAGGGAUUCUUGAAGAACCACUAGUGCCUUAUUUGUUGAAAAAUGAACUUACUGCCACUGAAGAUAAUGAUGAUGUCAUCUUUGAAGACUUCAUUGAACUCAUGAAGACAUUCGGGCUUUUCUUUGAAAAGACUAUAUCAAAAGAGGGCGCUCGACAAUUCGUCGUCCCUUCUCGGAUGAAGACGAAACCUGAUAAUAGGUUGGACAUUAAAGAAGACGAUAAGCAGACAGUGUCCAUCUAUGUGACGCCUAAAGACUUCCUUCCCGACGCCGUCUAUGAUAUCUUGGUCGUUAGAUUUGUAAUCCUGAGUCAGGAUAAAGGUUUUCGUGAUGAGCCAAAGCUGUUUCAGAAUCAGUCUACAAUCAGAUUUUGUGAUAAGCAUUACCUGAGGCUAGGUCGGAUAUCCAUUGAUAGCAAACCUUCUUUGAAAGUAAAUAUAAUUUUGGUCCAUUAUAUUUUUCUUCUUUAUAGUUCGAUUUUAAUAAGUAUAGUGAUAUUUUGUCCUAACUGACGUGUUAUCGUACAGAAUACUCAGUAUACAUUACCAAAUACUUGCGAAAACAAGGCAAGUGAUUUGGAUGGGAAUCGAACCCACGUUCCCAGAAGGCAAAACACUGCUAUGAUAUUUUGCUGACGCGAACCCCAAUCGAAAUACCAUUUGCAGUAAUCACUGCUCGUGGGGAUCAGAUUCAACACUAGUCACUAAGUACAAGCUCUGAAGUCUAGUAGUUAUGGCGCCAGGGUAGUUACCUAGAGAUGGUGGGUUCCAUUCCCACCAAAAACGCGUACGAUUUAUUUCUCGCAAGUAUUUUGGAACGUACUGAGUACGAUAACACGCCAGGUAGGGACAGAACAUUACUCAUAUGAUAUUUUCCUGACGCAAACUCGCAUCGAAAUAUA